AUGAAAAAACCAAUUAUUUGUAUUUUCUUUAUAUUUUUUAUUUCUAAAAUAUAUUCAAAACAAAGUUUGGUAUAUUACAACAGAUCAUAUAUUGAAUUUGACACUGAAUAUCCGAGAUCAAAUAAUUUCACCUUAUACGAUGAUUAUGAUUGUAAAAAUAUAAAGGAAGUUUAUUCACCUGAAUGCGACACUGAAAAAUGUGUUAUUAAAUUGGAUGAAAAUCAGAUAAAAAACUUUUAUGGAAAUUGUAUUUUAAGAUGCUAUAUUUUUCCUCCAGCCAUAAGUUUUUGUAAUAAACCAGUUGACACGGAUAGCUUCAUGUUUUCAAUAAACCCUUCUCUCUCAAAAUUACCAUCAACUGAAGGGGGUAAAGUUCAACUUACUGGUAAUUAUUUGAGAAAUUAUGUUGAUGAUUAUUACGUUGUAGAAGGAGCUAAAUUAGGUAUGGAAUUUAAGAUUAGUGUUGAUAAAGAGAAUUUUGAUCCUGAAAAUUUAACUCUAAAUUUUCCCCCAGGUUAUGGAAGUUUUAUAUUGUCUCCAGAUCUUAUGUAUAAAAAGGAAAUGAAUUUAAACUAUGCUCCUCCAUAUAUUUCUCAAUGUAAUUACAAAGAUUCAAUAAUCACUUUAGUCGGUUUGAAUUUUUAUAAUAACCCGUCAGUUGCUCACGUCACUAUUAAUGGAAUAAAUGCAUCAAUUGCUUCAAUAGAUCAUCGUUUAUUAAAACUUAAUUAUGUUACUGGAUAUUCUCAAAUAUUAAAUAUAAAUGUUACCAUCGGGGAUAUUUCAUUAGAAAAUAUUUAUACAUUUGAUAUUAAACCACAACCUGUGUCGAUUAGUACAACUGUAUCAACUUCAAAAUAUAAUGGAGGUAUAAUUGCAAUAACUGGAAGCUAUAUGUCAUCAUCUCAAACAUCAAGUACAAAUGUAACUUUAAUCAGUAGUGAUAAUAAAAACUAUAAUUGUGAAUAUAUUUCAUCAACAACAUCUCAAAUCGUAUGUUUAUUAGAACCUGGUGAAGGAUUAAUAAAUAAAAUUAAAAUUAAAAUAGAUGAAAUUGAAAGUACAACUGAAAUAAAUUUUAAAUAUGGUGUACCUCAUUUUACAUCAUCAACUGCAAUUCAAAUUGAUAGAACAAAUGAAUUUUCAAUAACUGGUAUUAACUUUGGUAAUAAUAAUGAAAGAAAUGGUACAAUUAAGCUUUUACGUAAUGGUAAAGAAAAUAAAGGAAUAGAAAUUACAUCAAUAAGUAAUGAUGAAACUAAAUUAUCAUUCAAAUUACCAAAUAUAUGUGAAACAUCUGUAAAGCUAUCAAUUGAGGUUAAUGAUGUUAUUUCAAAUAAUAAUAUAACAAUAACACCACAACCUACAUUUAUAUUAGCUCCAUCAAGACCAUUAACAAAUGGAUCAUCAUUGCAUAUCGAUAAAUACUUUUCAUGUAAAGAGAUAAUUGUAAAACCAUCUAUUACAGUUGAUAAUUCUAAUAAUCAUAUUGAUUGUACUUUGCUUUCAAAUACUGAAACAAGUUGUAAUGUUGGUGCUGGAACUGGUAAACAUUCAUUUAAAUUUUAUGUUGAUGGUAUUGAAAAAAUCAAUUCAUUAUUUGAAUAUGCACCACCAACACUUGUAUCACAUAUUGUCAAUGGAUUGAAAACAAUUACAUUAACUGGUAAUAACUUUGGUAAUGAUUCAUCAAAAUGUAAUUUAAUAUUUGCAAAUAAAAAUGCUACAUGUAAAGCUAUCAGUGAUACAACUAUUACAUUCAAUGCAGAUUCACAAUAUGAUUAUGGUAAUGUUAAUCUUAUAAUCGAUAGUAUUCCAAUGUCAAAUGAAAACUAUAAAAUAAUGCUACCAUCAAUAAUUGGAUUGGUAAAAGAUAAUAAUAUUUCAACAAGAAAUGGAACAGUGUGUAUUAGUGCUUCAAGAUUACCUGAAACUAAAUCUGGUGUCAACAAUUCAAAUAAUGUCACAGUUGAACUUAAAUCACAUUUAAAAGAUGGUACAAAUACAUUUAAAGAUUAUAAUGUUUCAAAUAAUAUGAUUUGUGUAUUAUUAAAUGAUGGAUAUGUUGGUACAUUUGAUUUAUCAGUAUUCAUUUAUAAUGAAUUCAUUUCAAAAUAUACAUUAUCAUAUAAUAAACCAUCAUUUAAUAAUAGUUUAAUUAAUAUUAAAGAUGGUGGUAAUAAAACUUAUCAGUUUGAAGUAUAUGGUAAUGAAUUCGGUGAACCAUUUGAAAUUCAUUUUAAUUCAUCAAAAGGUGAUUUAAUAAUGAAUUGUACAUUCAAUAUAUCAAUUCAACACAAUAAUAAAGAUUUAUACAAUUGUAGUUAUUCAAAAAUCAAUAUUGAUCCAAUUAAAGAUGGUAAUGAACAUUUAUACUUAAAAAUCGGUGAAUCUAAAUAUCCAAUCAAUUCAACAUUAAACUUUGAAAAAAAGAAGUCUGAUAACAAAAGUAGUACAUUGAAGAAAGCAUUAAUUCCAACAUUUGUCGGUGGUGCUGCAUUGUGUGCUGCUGCAUUUAUUGGUUAUAAAUAUAGAGAAAAUAUUUUUAAAAAAAUUGAUAAAUUAAAAAAUGGUAAAUCAAAUGUAUAAUUAUAAAAUAAAAUUAUAAAAACUAAAUGGUUUAUAAAAUUAAAAAUAAAUAAAAAUAAAAAUAAAUAACUCAAU